AUGGCGGGCAGCACAAAUGACCCUGAGAACCUGGAGUCGACCCGGCCCUCGGGUUUGACGGGGAAUGAUCACCCUCCAGAUUCAUCGAAUCCGGGACCGAGAUCGACGCCCUCUGUGCGAAGAAACUACGGAACCCUGGAUACCUUUCCCGCCGAGGCGACGUCCGAAACGCGCGAUGAAGAAAGUUUUGAGGAUUUCACGAGUCGCGGCUUCACCUCGUCCUCUACGGCCCCCGACAGGCCUAAGAAACCACCGGUAACCCGCCGCAUGUCGUCUAAACGUCAAAUACCCCACAAGGGACAAGAGUUCUCGACCGACGAUGAUAUCAAGGAGAUUGAGGAAGACAUUGCCCUGCAUCAGGCCUCUACGUCCCAACAAUCCCCUAGGAUUCGUCCAUUGCGUGCACCGAGCACCCUAAGACGACGCCCCAGUGCCCGUCCCAGUCCGCUGACACGAGCUGAAUCAGAUCAUCUUACUGUUGAGGACUCUGUCUUACCAGAAGAUAGCUUGGACGACUCACGGGAGCUUCCAUCCCUGAGACAGUCAGAUGGAGGAAGUGACCUGGACAGCGGCGACGACUCCCAUGGCGAUGAUGACGAAGAUGACCGUCAAGACGACGACCAGGAGGAUGAAGGCGCAAGCAGUGAUGCAGAAAGUUUCACGCUCAAGGAUCGGCAGCAAGCUAUCAAUGAAACCCAUCCUUUCGGUAUCCGAAUCUGGAAGCCGGCUAUUUACAAGAAGAGUCGGUCGGUGGAAAAAACCGCCGAAGGGGACAUUCAUUCAUCACCCGGGGGUCGUGUUAGCCCCGUGCUAUUUCUAACCAACCUCCUCUGGUCGUUAUUUUUUGGAUGGUGGCUUGCCCUAAUUGCCUUGCUGGCGGCGGCAGCUUGCUUUUUCUUCGCCUACUCAUCAAGCGCAGUGGCUUAUGGCAGAGUCUUCUCGGGACUUUCGCGCUACUUGCUCUAUCCAUUUGGAUCGUUUGUUCUCUUACAGUCUGAUGAGCUCUAUGCAGAGGAGGAUGAAGGUGAAGGCCGCAGCAUCAGCGAAUAUGAGCAAUGGCAGAACGGGGACCUGGAGCAUGGCCGACUGUUCUUUGGCCCCCGUAGGGACCGAUCGCUUGUGGGACGCCGACGGAACAGUGUGGAUUCUGCUGGUGAACAAGACAGCCUGCUGGGCCGGCCUCAGCGAGGACGACUUUCGGAUUCACAGCUCCCUCAGGCGAAGCGUCGUCUAUUCGGCCGCGGUGAAUGGACUUUGGGCCGAGUCGUGUUUUUUGUGUUCUUCUAUUUCUUGGUAGGACCCUUGAUGCUUUUGGUGUCCCUGGUCUGCUGGCUACUGGUUUUUGCGAUCCCAAUGGGUCGUGUAACACUCAUCCUGGUGAGCCAUCUACGAAGGCAUCCCCUUGCCUUGUCUUUCCAUUCCGAUACUUCAUAUGCCAGGAUCAGCUCCGGAUCCUCCUCGCCUUCCAUUCUGUUGUGCACAUACCGUGCUGUAGGCACAAGGUAUUGGAAAUACACCAUCGACGGCACAAACAUUUUUUUCAUCAACUUGCUAAGUGUGGUCGUUUUCGUCAUAUUUGACUACUAUGCUUUGCGCCAAUUUCUCGGCGUGGAGUCGUGGCUGACACACCCGGGAUUGAUUUUCACUCUCGCUUUGGUUUCAAUCAUUCCUCUAGCCUAUUUCAUCGGCCAAGCGGUAGCUUCGAUCUCGGCUCAGUCCUCAAUGGGUCUCGGUGCCGCAAUUAACGCGUUUUUCUCAACCAUUGUAGAGGUAUACCUCUACUGCAUCGCCUUGACAGAAGGUAAGGCUCGACUUGUUGAGGGAAGUAUCAUUGGAAGUAUCUUCGCGGGAAUUUUAUUCCUACCUGGACUCUCCAUGUGUUUCGGCGCCAUCAAGCGCAAAACUCAACGCUUCAAUGUGAAAUCUGCAGGUGUGACCUCGACGAUGCUGCUGUUUGCUAUGAUCGCCGCUUUUGGUCCCACUCUGUUCUACCAGGUUUAUGGAAGUCACGAACUCAACUGCCAUCCGUGUGUUGCACCAGCUGGCAUGGUGAUUGAGGACGAUUGUCGCCAAUGCUAUUUCUCCCAGCUAGCAUCUGUGCAGGAUGCAUUCUUUGAGAAGGCAGUCCAACCCUAUGCAUGGGCUGCCGCCGUCUUCCUUUUUCUGUCCUACAUCAUUGGCCUUUGGUUCACCCUCAGGACCCAUGCAGCUUUAAUUUGGGCCACUGAGGUUGAAGAGAAGAAGGUCGAGAAGCCUAGGCAGGAUUCGCUGUCUUUUGAACCUAGGCAUGUCUUUUCAGGAUCCCCUGAGGCUUCCGGUGCCCUCACUAGCCACAAAGACUCCAUUCGCGAGUCUCAGCUAUACAAGCGGAUCUUAGGCCAAUCACUCCGGCAGGUUGGCCUUGAAGAUGGAGGCAUGAGUAAUUGGGAAACCAUUGAUGGCAGCUUGGGGGUGGAACCUCGUGGCAACACACCUCACCGGGUACCACCACCAGCUGGGGGCAUCCCCAGAUCCAUUCAUGGGUUGAGUGAGGAAGACAACGAACGACUUGUCCGCGAGGUUACCGAAGUAGCGGCAACGGCUGCUGCAGUGGCGGCUCGCGAAGCUGCUCGAAAUCGGAAGUCCACAGGUCAUCACACUGCCGGGCGCCAUGCCGGGCGUGCUUUGGCUGAUCAAAUCAAACCACCCCUUGAAGAGGCUGAGGAUGUUGGCAUUCCCGCUGAUGCACACGCUAGCGGAGGCCACGAUGCUCCAAAUUGGAGCCGGACCAAGAGUUCUAUAAUUCUCCUUGGUGCUACUAUUCUGUAUGCUAUUGUUGCAGAGCUUCUUGUCAACACCGUGGAUGUGGUAUUACAGAGUGUGGACAUUGAUGAAAAAUUCCUCGGAAUCACACUGUUUGCCCUGGUGCCCAACACCACCGAGUUUCUUAAUGCCAUAUCAUUUGCAAUGAACGGUAACAUUGCAUUGUCCAUGGAGAUUGGUUCCGCCUAUGCUUUGCAAGUGUGUCUAUUGCAGAUACCUGCUCUGGUCUUUUUCAGUGCCGUAUAUACCCGCUCUAUCGACCCUGCAGAACUUGCGAAGCACUCUUUCAACCUCCUCUUCCCUCAAUGGGAUAUGAUCACUGUCAUUUUGUGCGUCUUCCUGUUGUCGUACGUCUACGGCGAAGGAAAGAGCAACUACUUCAAGGGCUCUGUGCUCGUCUUGACAUACUUAGUUGUUAUCCUUGGAUUCUAUCUAUCAGGAUACAGCAACCUGGACAGCAUGGGUGUAGAUCGGUUCGACAGGCUCGCCCUCGGCUCCAGCUACGAAAAGUUCUAUACUAUCGGUCACACUCGUUCUGGCAGGGCAUAUUAA